AUGGCUGCGGAUUUAUCAACCACAACAAACAGCAAACCAACAACAGCAAUACCCUCCUCCUUAACAACAACUUCCUCAACGGAAAAUCUCUAUAUGCAUUUGAAUGCAUCCGAAUUAUCGGCAAUCAUCAUGAAAGGUUCACCCCAUCACUCCAAUGAUCGCGAUGCUGGUUUCUGCUCUGGCAGUUCCGAAGGUGGUGAUGAUUUCUCCAUGGACAAUUUGCGUCUGGCACCCAAUAGUCCAACCCUCAUUGCCGAUAACUCCUCCGAUGAUUCCGUUGAGGUGAAAUGUUCCCCCAUCUCCUUGGUACGCAAUAAACGCAAGAGUUCCGAACCUUCCAAGGUGGUGAGUGAUGUCCCUGAACCCGAAAGAUCUCCAUCAGCCUCUCAGUCCACGGGGCCCCUCAAAAAACGUAUACGUUAUUCCUCGACCACGGAUUCCGGAGUGGUACUGACACCUCCCGCCGCUCCCUUACCAUCACCACCAGCCACAGCUUUAUGGGAUCCUAGUCAAGUGCUACCUCAUGAAUUAAUGCCAAAUCCUGCACAGGUUUUUGUACGUCAUCCCGGUGUUACGACACUGCAUCGUUUGCCCAAGGAAGAGCUCAGUGAUGAAUUGCCGCAGGAACAAGAAGAACCCUUGGCUUUGGUGCUCAAAAAAUCCCCCGAGACCCCAAACGAAGAUGACGAAGAUAUUGUGAUGAAAAAUUCCCUGAAAAAUUUAACACCCAAAAAGAGAUUUGCCGCGAAACGGGAACACUCGGAACAAUCCUCACCCAAACUGCGUUGCAAUGAAAGCAGCAGCAAUGCCAAUGGUGGCAUUACCUUAGUACCCCCACCCGCUUUAUCCCUAACAUCGUCGCAUGAAGAUAGCUCCUCGCUGAAUACCUCAUUGAAUGCCACCUCAAAAAACACUUCCUCAUCGUCGUGCUCCUCAUCGAAACCCCAACAGAGGAAUUACAAAAAUAUGACACGUGAAAGACGUAUUGAGGCGAAUGCCCGAGAGAGAUCUCGCGUCCAUACCAUUUCAGCGGCCUAUGAAACUCUAAGACAAGCUGUACCCUCCUACUCCAAUAAUCAAAAGCUCUCAAAGCUCUCAGUGCUGAGAGUGGCCUGUUCCUAUAUUUUGACCCUGUCACGUAUGGCUGGUUAUGAUUACAGUUCAGAUCAAUCGGAGCCAUCAAUUGCAGAUUGCUUUGAUGCCGUUACGGCCACCAUACAAACAGAGGGGAAGAUACGCAAAAAGAAAGAAGAUGGAGAGAAGUAA